UGGUAGUUUUACCUUUGUAAAUGGUCGAACAACCAUUCACCGGAUUUUUCAUCUGAUCAAAAUUCUCCUUACUAAUCAUAAUUGUUUUCAAUGAGUAAUUUUCUUCUUUCCAAAUUUGCCGAACAUUGAUUUCACAUAGCUUUGAAACUCACUAGACUAUGAAUAUGCAGACUUAAUUGUCUUGAUUGUAUGUGUUAAGUUCGUUCUACUGGAUCUAAUACAGAAUUUUAAAAUUGAAUCUACAUUUGAUGUUACGUGUAAUAAUAGUCUUGGAAUAACCACGGUAGGGGACUCGUAUGGAGAAUUUUAAACUAUUUAAAUGGAAAAGAUCGUUCACGUUAUGGAUUAUCUACUUUUAAGACCUUAUUCAAAUGUUGUUUUUGUCUGUUUCAGGACAUAUAUUUGGAUCUUAGAACAUGUGGUAGAAACCGUCAGAGAUUGUAUAAAAUUGACCUGAUAUUUUAUGUAUUUAACAUAAAUAACCUUAUCAUAAUUUGUUUUACAAUCUUUUACGGUACUGCCGCUGCCAUCGUUUCAUGAAAAAGUUGGUACCCUUUCUCCUGAUGUAAAAUAUACUGAAUAUUUCAUCGAUGGUUGCAGUCAUUGUUUGUCAAAUGGAAUGAUGCGAUCGCGCAAUAAUUGACGUUAGAGAUGAGGAGCGAAAAAAGAAAAAGAUAUGGAGACAGAAUGGCAUCUGAGCCUCUUAGAAAGAAACACAAAGCGAUGCACACAAGAACACUACGUUUUUUCAAUUUAUCAAAUGAACAUUACAGUCAAUCGCGGACGAUUACUGUUGUAAAGGAUAUGCACAAGCUGUUUCCUGUUUAUAAACAUGCAUGCAACGAAGUUUAUGAGGUCACCAAAACAACAGAUAAUCUGCUGUUUAAAAUGGGAUUAUCAACAACCGUUAAAGGCAAUGGUAUGAAAAGGUCGGACUUUGCUAAAGCAGUUCGCUUAAUAUUUACAUUCGACAACAAUACACCAGGACUGAUAGAAAUCUUUGAGGGCAUCCAGAACGAAAUUACCGCUAACUUUCAAGUCCCUGAUCGCACCAACGAAAGUGGAUAUUUAACCAUACAUAUUGGCAGCAGAGAGAGUAUUCAAAUAAAUGAGUUUAGGCGCCAUUCUUAUGCUGGGUUUUUGUUAUAUGGCCUUAAACAAGGAAACCUUGAGGAUUGCGACGAACUCAUUCUUGAUGUUACAAACACAAAAGACACAAAAGAGUUUUUCGAGACAGUUGACGAUCUCCUUGAACGUAUCACCUUUAGGGCACUCAAACCAAAAACAGAUGCAUUACUUUUGCUACAGACCCAACUAUUUGAAAAUACUGAAAACGAGAGAUCGUACGAGUUGCUUGAGUCUGAGCUCAGAAAGCUGGGAUUCUGUUUUAGCAGAAAAAUAUUCAAAGGAAACGGUUGGGAUUCAAUAACCAGCAACAGUAGCGCCGUUUACAAUUUACGAAGCAAAGACAGAUAUUUCUUACAACCUUUGGAAAUUGAUGAAGAAAUAUGCCGAUUGAAAGCCCUAUAUGCACGAAGCGGUGUUCCGGACAAUGAAAAACCUACAUUUCCAGAAUGUAAUAAAACAUGGAGUAUAGACAAAGUCAAAUCAGCUCUGAAAGGAUUUUCACAUUUACAAGGAUUGGGCCAAGGAUUUGGGAAGUUGAAUGUGUAUAUAGAUAACGUUAGUUCCGAGCAAAAAGAAGAAACGAUUAAACUUGUCGGUAGAAAACUACAGAAAGUAGGUUUAGUUCCUACUGACUACAGAGUCCACUUCGUAUGCGAUGUAACGCAAUUUUGUCACUCCGCAGGAAGUUGCAUUUACAAAACGCCUAGUUCCGGAACAUUAGGCGCAUUUGCGUUCAGGUCCCAAAACGGUCAAGAAAGGAAACUGUGUGCCUUAUUAUCGCUUCAUGUUGCUCAGAAGCAGGUGAAACAGGAGGAUGAAAGUGGAACAAUUCCACUUACAACCAAACACGGCAGAAUCGGUUACUUGCUUAGGCCGCUCAUUUUCCGUGACCAUAGCAGAACACAACUUGACAUUGCUUCUGCCCAGAUAGAUGAUGCACAGAUAAGAUUAUGCAACACGCAGUUUAAAGAUGAACAUGGAGAUAUUAAACCGUGUACGCUGUUCGAUUUCGAAAAGGACGAUCUGCAAUUCCUAGACGGCAUGCUAGUUCAUUUUUGGGGUGCCUCAACUUCGCCUGGACUUGGAAAAAUAAAAGAACAUAGUUUUCACCAGAAAAACGGUUUGCACAUCAUAUUAGAAAACAGGGUAGAAUUGUCGGAACCAUUUUGCAAAUUCGGUGACAGUGGCUCGGUCGUUUGCGCAUUCAACAGAAGGAAACGAUCGCUUAUAGCUUUGGGAAUGGUUAUUGGUGAAUUCAAAGAAAGAAACGAUUCUACAGGAAAUCGGUAUCUUGCACUUCAGCUACAAGCAGGCUUGAAUCAACUAUCAACCUUGCAAGAGGCAAAUUACCAGCUUUGUACGGGGCAUGUGGACGACGUUUAAGAUCAUAUAAGUUUGUCCAUCAAGGCGGCUUUUGGCCUUGACAACAGUCAUCAUUAACAUCAUAACUCAGUUGAUCUAGACAGUCAUAGCGAUUCUUUAUUAUUAAUCUUAAAAUGUAUUAUUUCAUAAUUUAAUCUAAUGUUUAAGUGGUUAUUGUAUUGCCCUUCCUUGCAACGAAGCGUUCAUUGUAUUAUGAAAGCAUUUAUAAAUACAUGAACAGGUUUCGAUUAAUCUAAAUGUUGUUUGCACUCGAUUAUAUUUUAUAGUAUUGUAAUAUACAGUUAUUUAAGAGCAAAACUAAAAUAAGAACAUAGAUAUUGUAUUCAAAAUUAUAUUCUGAUUGUGAUAUUGAGACAAAAUCAGAAAAUUGAUGUACAUGUUUAUUCAAGCAAUAACAUACCAGACACACACGGGCUGUCGCUCUUUUGUUCAGCCAUGAACAUUUACAAUGUUUUUGUUUUGCUUUAAUUUUUGUCAAAAAAUCACGUGUAAACAGAGUUGAAUAUUGACUAUUGAUUUUGCUUUAACAUAACUUUGGUGUUUUCUAGCACGUUGUGUUAUUUGGUUAGUCUUAAUUGGUUUGAGGCGUUUUGCAUCUUUCAUUUAAUGUUUGCUUGGCAUCAACUUUGGUUCUUUAAGCAGGGUAACGUCAAUUUGCUCUCUUACGUACAUCAGCUAAAUCAUAUCCUGUUUAAAUGCAUCAAUACCAUUCUGCAACGACAAGAAACUAUAUAUAUAUAUAUAUAUCGUCUAUUGUAUUUUCAUUCACAGAGUAGGAUUGCCCUGCCUAAUAAUACCAAUAUGCCAUAUAUCAAAUACUUUAUUUAGAUAAUUCUACAAAGUGUACAAAUGAAUAUAGCCACAUUGAUUCACAAUGCAUUAAUCCUACAGUUUUUUAAAACCUUUUCACCAUAUUAUUAUAACCAGAAAGUAUUUAAAAGAAUCAAAACAGCCAAUACACCAGUUUAUUCGGCUUGACAGAGUGACAGACGUAUGAUAUGGUCAUGCUGCAUCGCUUCCUUCACUUUUUUGUGAUAAUUAUGUUGUUUAGUGCAUAUAAAACAUGUUUACAUUUAUACAAUUUAUAAAAGUUUAUUCCCCAUUAUAAACGUUACAUUUUCAAAUGAAAUAUGAAACUUUUGACAUUUUAAAGAUCACACAGAAUUAUUGUUGUUUCAAAAUAUAAAACUUUUAUAAGGGGAUAUGAUCUGCUA